AUGCAAGUCGUUGAACACUCUUCAACAACCAUCUCUUUCUCCUCGGAAGACGCUCAAGACAUUCAGAUGCCCCAUGAUGAUGCCCUCGUCAUCGAGGCCAUCAUCCACAACUAUAAGGUAAAGAAGGUCUUAGUGGACGAUGGAAGCAAAGUGAAUCUGCUGCCCUAUCGAGUCUACCAGCAGAUGGGUAUUCCUGAAGAGCAAUUAAUCCGAGACCAGGCCCCGAUUAAAGGGAUAGGAGGAACGCCAGUGACGGUGGAAGGAAAAGUAAAGCUAGCUCUUACUCUGGGAGAAGCCCCAAGGACUCGCACCCAUCAUGCAGUGUUUCUGGUAGCUAAACUCCCCCUGAGCUAUAAUGCGAUCCUGGGAAGACUUGUGUUGUUUGAUUUUGAGGCUGUCACCAGUAUCAGAUACUUAGCAAUGAAAUUCCCCACAGAAGCAGGGGUGGGAACAGUUCAGGGAAGCCAAAAGGAAGCAAGGGCAGUGUAUCUGGCUACCGUAGCGGAGCUGAGCUCAGCAGAGAAAAGGAUGGAUUCAGAAGUCCUGGAGGUCCGAGAUGAGAAAACAGAGGCCAAGACAGAGCCGGUGGGGGAGUUGGAGACUUUCUCCUUGUCAGAAGCGGAAACCGACAAAGCCUUCAGUCUCAACGCCGGCCUCACCAAGGAGCAGAAAGCCGAGGUGAUGUCCUUGAUUCGAGGUCAUGCAUCAAGCUUCGCUUGGAAGCCUUCGGACAUGCCCGGAAUUGACCCCGGGGUGAUGGCCCAUAGAUUGAAUGUCCUCCCUGAAGUCAGACCGGUAAAGCAGAAAAAAAGGGUAGUAGGAAGGGAGAAGCAGCAGGCCACCAAGGAGGAAGUACAGAAGUUAGAGGAGACAGGCUUUAUUAGAGAAGUUAUGUCGGACGAAGAGAAGACCUCAUUCAUAACCGAAGAUGGGACUUACUGUUAUAGAGCUAUGCCUUUCGGGCUGAAAAACGCUGGGGCAACCUACCAAAGACUGAUGAAUAAAAUCUUCAAGAAUCAAAUUGGCAGAAAUGUCGAGGUGUAUGUGGAUGAUAUGGUGGUGAAAAGCCUAACCUUCCAACAGCAUAUGGUAGAUUUGAAGGAGGUAUUUGGGGUACUAGAUCAGUAUAGAAUGAAGCUGAAUCCUGCAAAGUGCGCUUUCUUCAUUAGAGGAGGAAAAUUCCUGGGAUACAUGGUAAGUGGGAAAGGUAUUGAGCCCAACCCGGAAAAAGUAGAAGCUAUACUGAAUAUGGCAGAACCAACCUGCGCAGUUAGCGCCGUACUAGUAAGGGUGGAAGGAGGAGAGCAGAAGCCUGUGUUCUAUGCCAGCAAGGUGCUCAAAGAUGCCGAGGUCAGAUAUCUGAAUAUUGAAAAAAUAGCGUAUGCUCUACUGCUGGCAGUCCGGAAGUUUAGGGUUUACCUGGAAAGCCACCAAGGAGUUGUCAUGACAGAUCAACCCCUGAAGAAGAUCUUACAUAGACCGGAGACUUCAGGUCGGAUGUUAGCUUGGUCUGUAGAGAUCGGUCCUUAUUGCCUAGAGUAUCGACCUCGGACAACUAUAAAGUCUCAGGCCCUCGCUGACUUCAUAGCGGAGUGCACAUUCGAUGAGAAACAAGGAGAAUCAUCCUCAGAAGCGUCGAGGAAAGAAAGAAAGGAAGAACUCUCCCAUAAUUUCAAUUGGAAGUUAUAUGUAGACGGGGCUUCAGGCGUUGGAGGCAGCGGCGCUGGAGUAAUGCUUAAGGGGCCCGGGGAGUUCAAGGUUUGCUACGCCCUACGUUUGGGAUUCAAAGCCUCCAAUAAUGUAGCAGAGUAUGAAGCUCUAAUAAACGGAAUGCUGGUCGCAAUAGAAGUGGGGGCAACUGACCUCGAGGUGAAUAGCGACUCACAACUAGUAAUCAAUCAAGUAACUGGGGCAUAUCAGGCCAGGGAUCCAACCAUGCAGAAUUACCUAGCAAAGGUGAAAGCAAUAGAGGCCGAGCUCACGGAUCGAGGAGUUGUUGUCAAAUUUCAAAGAAUACCUCGAGAAGAAAAUGAAGAAGCAGACCUGCUCAGUCGGUUAACCGAAGAAGAAUUGGAACAGCUCCCUGAUGAGGCAGAACAAACCCAGACUUGGAUGACCCCGUACCUGGAAUAUUUAGAGAAAGGAAAGCUCCCCGAAAACAAGGACGAAGCAAGAAAGAUAGCCGCCUGA